AUGAGCUCACCAAUUUCCAGCUUGAAGAAAGGGAAAAGGACUCCACUCGAUCCCAGGUAACAGUUGAAAUUGGAAACAAAGAUAAGUUUUAAUGAGCACAUUUUCUAGGUCGCUUUGCGUUGCUAAGAUAACUUGGUCCAAAUGUGGACUGUCUUUGUGUUUUCUCUGGUUACUACCGGUCUAAAUGUAUUGGUUGUUUUCAUGACAAUUUGAACGAUACUAUACCGAUCAAGGCUUUGAAUUGUUUGCUUCUUUACUGUUUCUCGUCUGGCUAUCUUUUGAGUUUGGGUUAUUUGUCAAAGUAUGUUUCAAUAAAGCACUGAUUAAUGUUAUGUUUUUCCAUCUGCAUGGGGUGAACAUGAAUAAAUUUUCAAAAAGUUUUGACUGAUCUAAAAUUUGAAUUUGUCAUGAUCAAGAGAGAUAACGCGUCAUGAUUCAUAAUUAUUCUUGGUAACAGAGCCUUUUUUAAAAUUUAUUAUAUUUUUAUUCCAACUAACAACAGCAGUAACAGUUAUGAUGAUAAUAAUUGUAAAAAACAGAAAAAAAAGAGUAAAUGUUAGUUUGCAAUAAAAUGACACCACACAGACAAAAUCUGCAAUAUUUAUCUUGUAAAAAGAGGUUAUGGGUUGUCAUGGAGAUGAAUACACUUUGAAAUAGAAGCAACAACUAAGUCAGGAAACUUCAACUUAACAGAAGAAUUAUUCAGUUCCUGAAAAUGUUAUCAAUUCUAUUGACAGAUACGCUUAAUCUGUUUUCUUAAAUUUUUCAGGCAAGCUCAAGUUCCAUUCAGAAAUUUAGAGCACACUUCAGGUUAGUAAUCAAAAUUUUAUUGUAAAUAGAAAAAGAGAGAUAGUAAGUUUUGAGCUCUGUAAAGAAAUAGAGAAAGAUGUUUUUUUUCUUGUCACAAGCAUGGGACAAAGAAAAAAUUCUGAGUCCCUGUAAGGAAUCAAACUUCAGACCUUCAGAUUCUGUACUCCGAUGUUCUACCACUAAGCCACAGAGACUCUAUGGUGAGCAAGGUCUAUUACAAAGUUCAUAUGACACACGCAUCCUGCAUACUACUAGGAUCAGGAAUGUCAAUAGCAUCGUGUAAGAUUUGAUUCCUCAUAGGGAUUGAGUUUGUUGUUUUGUUAGUUUGCAAUCAUUUAAUGUGGUGUGUUGAUAUUUAUUCCAUUAAGUCGAACUUCCUGGUGGUUCAUUGAAAAAAGAUGGAUUAUCUAAAGUACCAAAGUCCUCAAGCUCAACAAAUGGUGAGGGUAGCUCACUGGUAAAUGUAAAUAUUUUUCAUACUUACUCUCUAAUUAUUAAGGAGAGUUCCAUACAACAACAUAGGUCCUCCUUCUAAAAUCAAUUGUUAAAAACUGGAUCAUUGGAUAGCGCACGUCAAGAGUUUUCAUUGGCCAAUAGCCAUGAUGAGUUAUUAGCCAUUAUACUGUGCUCUAAAAAUAUUGUAAGUGUAUGCAUCAAAAAAAUAACAUAAUAAAAUAAAGAUGGGAGAUUUAUCGGUAUUUAGGGGUGUUUUUGAUAAAUCAAUCAUUCCACUCAUGCUUGUUGGGUAUUAGAUGAUUGUAGUGAACUCGGCCAUACAGGCCUUGUUGGCUAUCUAAAAUCUUAUAUUUAACACAGGCUAGUGGAAUAAUUGUUUAUUAUACUACAAAGCACUCAGUUGAUGAAGACCCCAAUAAAGCUUGUUUAAUGUUGUUAAGGAACUUUGAGGUUGUAAUUUUCAGUACAUUUUUUUUAUGAUAAAUAAAUAAAUAUUGAAAUCAUUCAUAUAAGUUUAUCCUUUGCCAUGUGUUAUAAAUGUGAUAAUUUAUCAGCCUACUUGCUGUCAGUUACCUCUAUCAACAACAAUACUCACAAUAUGAGGCAAAAAUAUGUUGGACUGACAGUUACAGUACAUUCCAACAAAAACCUAGGAAAUUGUCCAGUGUAGAAGUUGCAGCCUUAAUUUGGUAUUUUGUGGUGAUUCAUGGAUAAAUGCAACCAUUAAUUGCUGAUGUUUUAUAGUGCCAUCAGAUAGAGAUCUUCUGAGCAGUAUGAUGUCACGUCUGGCUCAGGUGGAACAACAACUAAAAUCUGCGCAGGCACAGAUAGGAGAAAAGGUGAGAGCCAGCUGCCCCUGUGUGCAUCGUUGAAGACAUUUAGGGUAGCCCAAAAUGUUUGCCAUAUUUUCAUUCACUUGACUGUGUUGUAUUAGUGCCUGUUAUAGUCAACCAAUACUCAUCCAAUAACUGGUUAAAAGAUGUGUAUUGAGGAUUCACUGUGGUCUUUGAUUUACAAGUCUGGUUUCAAAGUUUAACCACACUUGUGCGCUUGAGACCAAUAGAAAAUGAGAAGUAUAAUGUUGAGGCAUAAUGAAAAUAGUUAGGUCUCAUUUUCCUGCUUCUUAUAUAUCAUGGUGUAAUGUGCAAUGGUGAAUAGCAGAUAUCUUUUUGUAUGUCAUUUCAUCAAAGUCUUACCAUAUAUUAUAAUGCUUUAAAUACAGUUAUGAUCUAUCAAAAUGCAGUAAACUACUAACAAUAACUAUGAUAUUUAUAGUAACAAUGAGCAGGAGCUUAUUCCAUGGCAAAACUUGAUGAAGAAUUUUGCUUCUCUCUUUCUCUUUUCCCUUAUCUUUUGCUAUAAUUCUUAUGUCAAUCGUGAAUAUCCAAUUUAUCAGCUAUUCUGAUAGUGUGCUGGUGUUACACUUGAGGGUGGGGAGAGAUAUAGUCUACUUCAGCAUCAUUACCUCUAGUUACACCCCUAAGGCAUCAGGGAGCAUUUUGCCUGAAGAGCCCAUGAGCUGUUGUGACAGAGAUUCAGAGGAACAAUGUGAAAUGAUCACUUUGUGUAUAUCAAUGACAAGUUAGCUUGUUGUCUGUGUUUAUCUAUCGUAGGAUAAGAAGAUCAGAAUACUCGAAGAAAAAGCUAAAUUGUUGGAGAAAGCUCGAGGUAAGGACAAUGGUUAACACUCAGAAACCCGUCAGCAAAUGCACAGUCAUGUAUUUGAUUGCAUACAUACAUUUUAUAGUUGCUACUAUUUGCUCUCAAACUUUUUAUAAGGGCUAUCACAAAAUGUUUGAACGUGAUUCUAAUAUACUAAAUUGCCUUUUUUAGGAUACAACUCUGGCACAAUAACAGAGUUGGAGAAGAAGUGUAGAAGACUACAGACCCAAGUGUUUCAGAUGGAGGUAUGAAUGGCUUUAGGGUUUAGGGUUAGAUUACAUGGCUGUUUUGUUGCAUGAAGCGAGGAGGUGUAUUUUUACAUCCUGGGUGGGGGUAAAAAUAACCAGUGGUGGGGGGGGUUAAUGAGUUCUCGAGCUACUUUAAGGACACUGCCUGCUUUUCUCGCUGUGCAUACUUUCUGCGCUCACGUAAUGGUCAUGGCCACGAGCGCGUGAAUUGUAGCCUUAUGAACAGAGGAAGAGUCAUCCGUGAUUUUUAGACUGAGGAUUUUUAGUAAAAGGAGGAGAUGGCAUCGCUUCACUGUGGCCUGGGUUCGAUUCCCGGAGCUGACUUCACACGUGGGUUGAGUUUGUUGUUCGACGGUUUAUCUCCGGGAUGUUCAGGUUUUCUUCCCGCCGUCAAAAGCAACACUCUAAAUUCCAAUUUUGACCCGGAAACGAUGGACAUUGAGUCACUUAGUGUAAGUUCCGUUGCUUCAUUCCAACUCCAAUUGUUAAACGCAAGGUUUGUUUUCUUUACCACAGGAAUUCCUUGCUGAUUAUGGUAUGGUCUGGGUUGGAGAUGACGCUAGUGACUCUGAUUAUGAAGUUUUAGAAGAACCAACAUCCACACCUGCCCCCAGCUCAGUCAGCAGACAAGGAGUUUGGAAUCCAAGUAAACUGAGCCUUUUCAUAUUGUUUCUCUCUAAACGUGGCGUCGAAAGAUCCUUGCAUCCCCACUCCGCAACGCAUUCUGGGACUUGUACCAUAGCGGUGUUGUUUUCCAUCUAAACAUGCGGAAAUAAUUAUAUGACCGGUUCAAAAAAGUCCCAAGGUUUUAUAUAUGUGUUUUUGCUUAAAGAACUAGACUACGAGCAGUCCAUGCUUUUCGGCGAAGUCCGUCGCGCAAGUAAGAAAGUCUGUGAAAAAAAUUGUUAGUGUGCCCCGCGAAACACUGUGUAAGCCAACAUCAAUUUUGCACAAAUUUUUUUCUGACUCGUCGAACGGACUUCACCGAAAAACAGGGCCAACCUGUAGUCUGUCAGAGCAUAUAUCUCCAUGUGAACGAUCAUCAGAUGAAUGUGUAAAAGUUAAAAGAAAGAAAUGUCGGACAUUUCGUUUUUUGAGCUCAAGUUUGCAUUGGCGACUUGUUGGUCACAAUUUGGACCUUGAAACUACAACCUACUUAUCAAGUCUUCCUUUUGUCAAAGAAUGAGUUUUUCUUAUACUUAUCAAUCGCUCUUUUGACUCAAUUCUAUGAUCUAUGUUUCCCUUUGAUGUUAGACUCCUCUCUGGUUACGUCAGCACCAUAUGACUUUCAAAUGGACUUUGGUGUUGUUUUGAAGAAUAUCAGGGAACUGAACAUUCUGGCAGGAGAGGGCUGUAGUGAUGUAUCACGGACUAAAGAUGGAGCACGACUUAAGGUGAAGAAUUUUUGUAGAAUUUAUAAUAAGGAAGAUAAUGUUGGCCUAUUCGUAGACUAGAUACUAGUUGAGUGCUUUGUUACUAAUCGAGGUAGGAAGCUACAUGUUGUAAGGCAAUUUUUUCCGCUCUUUCCUAACAUGGGUAUGACCCUAUCUUUUGAGAAUGUUUCCUUUACCAUUGGACUUAAACUCCAAAUGUUCAGCAGUGUCUAAUAUUUAUUAAUGAUUUAAUUUAGGUUCGCGAUUCCGUGCCCUUGGUUUUGUAUUCAAACGGCAUUCUAAUGUUUGGAGGACCUUUCAGGCCAUAUUCAGAUCCAGUUACACAGGUUAAUAAUCCGUCACCAGUCGUUUAUUACGUAAAGCAGUUUUUCAUUGAUAUCAUGGGACCAAACACAAAGCAAUCACUGAGAACGCAGAGUAACAACAAGCAAACUCGUGAAGCGCGGGAAAACGCGAGCGACCAAGUCGCGAUUAGAUUUAGUUUUGCAUCUGAUUGGUUGAUAAGGAAGCGCUGGCUUUUUAGACCAAUUAAAGAGCAAAAUAAAGCAAAACCAAUGCAAUACCUGAUUACUUUCCUCGCUCAAUUGGAAAUUUAGAGAGAGACUUUCAAUUCUCUUCCUAGUAGUUGGUUGUUUUUUCACACGUGACAUAAAGUUGUGUCUAUUCUUAUGUUAGCGAUUGUUGCAGACCUGAGCUAAUUCCAGCUUCCGCUUUGAAAAUGAUGUUACAGAUCUCAAAUAUUUUGUUUAAAACUUGUUUUUACGAGCUUCAGUGAUCGUUUUUAGUUUUGGUUUUGUUUAGUUUUGUUGUUGUUUGUUUUUUGUUACUUAAAAAAAACUUUAAAAGAUGUAUGGGUUUCCUUACAAUAUUUUCAUCUCGUUUCACAUUUAAACAAGCUACAGUACGUGCAUUAAAAUUCAUAUAUCAAUGCCUUUUAUCAAAGUAAUCACCGAUAAGUAUUUAAUUGCUGUGUAUGCUCAGUAAAAAUCCUGUAUCGUUGCUUACACUGAUUUUUUGUUUUUGCGGUCAUACUCUCUUCAGCAAUGUAUGCAAGAUAUAAUGGACGGAUAUUUUCCAAGUGAGUUACAGACCAGAUAUCCCGGUGGAGUUCCUUUUGAGGUACUUGCUUAAAUUUAGUUAACUCUUAGCAGUAUCGAAGGGUUUAUUCCAGCUCAACCUUUCAUGACAUAAUGUCCUCCUGAUUGAGGUGGACAGUGCAGGUGAAAUGUUCACCUUGAUCGUCAUAUGAUGACACUUUAAUUUUCACGCGAGUAUCUAUUUCAAAAUUGAACUGUUGCCGCGAAAUAUUUACGAUAACGAGCUGCACGCAACCAAGUUUUAUGUUACUGAUUCGCGUCUUGUUUUGUGUGUAACAGGUACAGGACAAAAGAGAUAUUGUGUUUGAAGACAGAAGGACAGCUCUUCUGUUUCCUGGAACAGGGAAAUCAUUGGCUGGUGAGGAAAAUGCCAAAAGCCACCGAGUCGAGAGUCAUACACCAGGUCUGUUUAGUCGGUGGCAUUCACUUUGAAAAUAAAGCAAAAUAAAAAGGAGGCAAUAACCUUCUGCGCAAUGAUACUUAUGUUGCUUAGUAUUCUUACCGUUUUUCUUUUAUCCAAAAAAUCCAUUAUUUGAAUUUUUCAGGGCAAAAGCAACAGUCCGUGGAUCAAUUUUUGUCACGGCUUCCGCAGUCUGUUAUCAAAGACGGUAAAAUAAUUGAUGUGAGAUCAGGAGUGGAAAAUGUUAUCAAGGUUUGUAGCCUCACAGAUAGGAACUGAAGUGAUCUUUUCCUUUUCUUUUAUUAAAGUGUUGAAAACCACUGAAGAUGAUAUCAAUUGGCCUGCUGUGCAGGCGUCUUAUUAGGACGAACUAGCGAUACAAGCUCGCAGUCGUUAUCCGGCCGGCCAUUUUUGACUGAGAGUUGUAGUGGAGGUGGGGGGAGGAGGCGUGGAAGACGAGGUUUCCAUUGCGACACUCCCUCCCUCUCCUCCCUUUUUCCCGUCACUCACCCCUUGGUAAAAAUUAAUUUCUCUUCCCAGCCUCUUGUACUUUACUGAACUAUUAUCGUUUUAAGUAUUCUGUUUUACAUUGAGAGAAGUUGUUUGCAAAAGUUGAUCCAACUCCAUGCUGAAUAGAGCUUUUCGCUUUAACAGGGUGGAAAAAGACAAUCAGAUGUCCAAGUUCUAGACACUCCUGUGCUUCAAGAGAUAAAAUUAAGGUUAGGAAAUUUGGAGUUUCCUUUCGUUAGGACGUAUAGCAUAGUCACAGACUUUCAGGUACUAGCAUCGGAGAAAAGUGUUCUGUUGAUCUUAAUCGUCGCCAGUAAAAGUAUAUGUGGAGCAAUUCAGUUACCUGAUGCUUCAUGCAUGACUUCCCAGAGUUCAACUCAAACUGCGAGAACCAGUAGGCGCGGGUCAUAGCUGCUGCUGUUCAGCUAACUUUUGCCACUACAAGAGCGGCAGCUGCUGUGAAUCGAGCUUAGUGAUUGCUGCCAUUUUGGGACAGUUGUGGCUAGGUUAAUAAUCUGUUUCAAAAUUACGGCAUCCGUGGCCGAAUUUCGAGCUCAUUAGAAGACGAUAUUCGAGCGGAUAGGUUACGUGCGGGGAAUGGUUAACUUUUCUUCUAACCUUUUUACAUGGCAGAAAUGAAAAUUGUACGUUUUGGCAUGCUUCUCAUUUUUAAGACUUUUCAUUGUCUUCGUUGUAUUCCUUUAGAGGUGCUGAAACUACAAGACCUCAAUCAGCCGGUAAAACACAAGUUUCUACUUUGAGGAUCAAAUCAGAGACAGGAGAAAUGGUUGGAUCUUGUUUUGUUUUGUUUUAUUUUAUUUUCUAUUUCAUUUAUUUAUGUACGUAUUUAUCUAUUUUUGUCGUACAAGUCUCUUCAACCCCUUCAUUUGACUUUUUCGUCUCUUUAGACAUAUAUCUUGAAGAUGAAGUUUACAGAUUGUAUACGAGAUGUUAGAAGUCACAUUGAUGCUGUAAGGUAUGUAAAGAAACGAUAGAACACUUUUGGAUGAAAAACUAAAACUUAUUCAUGUCGAUGUUUCGGUUCACCAGAUAAUCAAAUUGAGCGAUGCUCAUAUCGAAAUGAAUGAAGAGGUGUUCGAAACAUCAAUGGUUGUUGCUAUUAAAUCACUUGCUGUGGACGUCCAAUUCGCAAUUUAUGAGCUUGGACUUCUUCUCUCGUUUUACCGCACUUUGCAGACGUUCGUGUAAUUUUACCUUUCCCAAGUGGGUCUUAUGCCUUAAACAAUGAUGUCUUAUUAGAAUGAAAAUUGUCCGUAGCAUUUAACAGAAUUUUUCUUUUUCUUUUUAUAGGCCGAAAGAUGCUCCACCCUACGAAAUAAAAACGUCAUUUCCUAACAGAGUUUACGAUGAUCCUAACGCAACUUUACAAGAAUGUGGUUUAGUGCCCAAUGCAACUCUUCACCUUCUUGUCAAGAAAGUUUGA